CUCUUGACGCGACAUUCGCGCCGUUGCUCGUUCGUGUUGGGCUGAGCUGUGCGGAAGAAGAAGCGCCUGCUCAUUCAAAAUAGCUUCAAUUGGCCUUUCUUCCUACUCUACAUUGCCAAACUCUUGAUACACAUAUCAACAGCCGUCUGCCAGGCGCUCCCUCACUGUCUCGUCUCCCAAUAUGGAGCACGAACUUCUCACACUCCUAGCCGACACUCAGUCGCCGGUCGCUGACACAAGAAGGGCGGCUGAGCUUCAGCUAUCACACCUCUACUCAAACGAAAACUUCCCUCUCUCGCUCGCUGCUAUCGCUUCUCAUGACUCCGUCCCUACAAAUCUCCGCCAAUCCGCGCUCUCCGUUCUACGCACCUUCAUCAGCGCCGCGUGGUCACCCAACCUCGACGAAUUCAAAGGCCAGGUCCUAAUUAGCGACGUCAACAAAGCGCAGAUUCGGGCCGUGCUAUUGGAUCUUGCCACUGUUACGGAGGUUUCGGAUCGAAAGGUCAAGACCGCUGCUAGUUAUGCGGUCAGCAAGAUCGCCAGCGCUGAUUUCCCCGAACAAUGGCCUGAGCUGCUUCCAGCCCUGCUGCGGAUCAUCAAUGAUUCCAAUAGCUCACCCAGCGCAAUACAUGGAGCCUUGAGAGUCCUGCUGGAUCUCGUCGACACAGGCUUCAACGAAGAACAGUUCUUCAAUAUCGCGCGCGACCUCGUCUCUACUCUGUUCAAUGUGGCCACCAAUGAGUCCAGGAAGCCCAUAUUGAGAGCAUUGGCAGUCUCCGUCUUCCGCUCGUGCCUUGAUACACUUGAGAUGGUUCUGGAGCAGCACAAGGCGGCAGUCAAGCAGUUCAUGGACGAGGUUCUUGGUGGAUGGUCCCCUUUCUUCAUCGCAACCCUCAAGGCGCCGUUGCCCCAGGCUCCGGUCGAGCAAGAGGAGUCAAAAGAAACAGAGAUUCCGUCGCAAUGGAGGGGUGUUAUUGCAUUGAAGCUACAGAUUGUCAAGACGCUGAUGAAGAUCCGGAUGAUUUUCCCUGGCCUAUUGGUCUCUCAGAGCCCGGUCUACUUCUCAACUAUUUGGGAGGAGCUUUCUAACGCUCAGGUCGCAUACUAUGAGUUUUUCAUUGAUGACGAGCGACAGGGCCGACUGGUAGAUGUGGACGGGCUUCCGUACACCUUGGAUCUACUGGUUCUGGAAGAGUUGGAUUUCCUCCAGAGUCUCUUGAAAGCGCCACCGGUUAAGGCAGAGCUGCAGCAACAGUUACAAAACUCGGGACAGUCCGCCACUACUGCCGGUUGGCUGCCAGAAAUUCUCAAGCUAGCAAUCACUUAUGCUCAGAUUACGGCUGAGGAGGAGGGCCUGUGGGAUGUUGAUGUGAAUCUCUUCCUUUCGGAAGAAACUUCCGUCACCGCGAACUACACUCCUCGUACUUGCAGUGGAGACCUGGUAAUCAAGUUGGGAGAGUGGAUCAAAGAUGCUACGACAGAGGGCCUUCUUGCAUUCCUCAACACUGUAUUUUCAGACUCCUCAUCUAUUUGGAAACUGCGCGAGUCCUCUCUCUUCAUUCUCAAUGCGUUCCUCAGGGACCUGCACGAGGUAUCCAAGCGCAUAUCUCCAGAGCUAGCCAGUGGCUUUGGCAAUUUCAUCCAGUUUGCAAUCCAACAAGACCAGGAGCUUCUGAGGGCCCGUGGCUACCUUGUAGCUGGAAUCUUGGCACUUACUGCUGGGGAGGGAUUCCAGCCUGCAUCUUACCUCGAAGCAACACUCAAGGCUAUAACUGAGGAUCAGUCAGAGGUGGUCAAGGUAGCUUGCAUUCGUGCCUUGCAGGAUCUACUGCCAGCACUUUCUGCAAACACCACCGUUCCCCUCCAAGAGCCGAUCAUAUCCGCGAUAUCCGACUUUGUCUCUGCCCACGAUCUUCGCGAAUCGUCGGAUACUGACGACCUGAAGAUUACCCUAGCGGAAACCCUUCGUGAUACAAUCAUGGUCAACCCGAGCGUAGUGCUGACAUCUGCCGCCAUUGACGUGUUGUUCAAUAUCGCCAGCAACGGAGCUACGAACUUCCAGCUGACAAUGACCGUCACAGAGGCCUUUGAGGAUAUUGUUGAGAACAUUUCAGAUCAAGGCGCCGAGGCCUUUGUCCUUCUUUGUGGAAAGGUCCUUCCCUCAAUCAAUGGCGCAAUCGACGUGGGGAACCUUACGCAGGAAAACGCUUUGACUAACUUUGCUGCGGACCUUUUACGGGCACUGACGGAGCAAGCUCUCGAGCCCUUGCCUCCAGGCUUCGUCGAGACGGUGAUGCCGAAGCUGAACCGACUCCUGCUUGACUCAACCGACGCUGAGCUUAUCCGACCGGCAACCGAAUCUGUGAGACAUAUUCUUGCCCAUGAUUUCCCCCAGUUCGUCUCCUGGCGUGACCCCCAGAGCGGCAAAGAAGCCAUUGAAGUCGUUCUAGUAAUCAUAGACCGUCUUUUGGGGCCCUCGGUUGACGAUCAUGCGGCGACAGAGGUCGGGCAGCUUGCCGCCGAGUUGGUCGAGAAGGCGGGAUCUGAAAGGCUUGGCCCCUAUCUUCCACAACUACUCCAGGCAGUCGCACGGCGCCUUGCCACUGCAGAGAAGGCCCAAUUCAUUCAGAGCUUGAUCCUCGUGUUUGCUAGGUUGACCCUGAUCAGCGCUCGGGAAGUCGUUGACUUCCUGGCUCAGGUUGAUAUUGGCGGCCAAAGUGGACUCCCUAUCGUUAUGGGCAAGUGGCUGGAGAACUCUGUCAACUUUGCCGGAUAUGACGAGAUCAAGCAGAACAUUAUUGCGCUAGCGACUCUGUACAAUCUUGAAGAUCCUCGACUUUCACAGGUACAGGUCAAGGGAGAUCUUAUUGUUCAGGACACCGGACGUAUCAAGACUCGCUCCCAAGCUCGCAAUAACCCCGAUCGCUUCACGACCGUCACGGCUCCCCUAAAAAUAGUCAAGGUUCUCGUGGAGGAGUUAGCCGCCGCGUCGGGUAGCAAGGAGAUCGACGCUGCCACGGCUGCGGCGCUGGAGGAAGAAAACAGCGACGACGACGAGUGGGAGGACCUCCCUGACAACACCCUUGACCUCGGCUUGGGCGUCACCAAGCAGGAGCUCAUGUCGUUCGGUGAGGGCGGUAGUGAGGGCGUUUUUGGCGUUCGCAAGCGCGACGAUGAGACACAGGCAUUUUUGUUGGACUUUUUCAGGAACGCAUCAACCAAGAACGAGUUUCAACAGAUUUUUGCAGCAUUGACACCGGAUGAGCAGGACAAGCUCCGCAGCUUGGGCUGAUCUGGAUGCACUUAUGAUUUUUUUAUGAUUUUCCUGUUUAUCAACACGACUAGUAAUGAUAGAGUACCCUAUUGCCGUUAGAUCUAUGCCUGUAUCUUCUUGAUUAGGGGGGUUUGGGUCCACGAGUUUGGGACAUCAAGUAGAUAGCACAAGAUAUAUGUAAAUAAGCAGUUCUCAUGCUGGAAUCAGGGUUAAAUAAGCAAAAAUAAAGGCGAAAUGAGCUUCGGUACGGUGAAUGAUGUUUGCCUGAGGCUUGGUAGAUAACACCUUCAACUUCUUGGAUGGGCUAGUUCGGAAUAGCUGCAGAGCUAAAGUCGAGGAAGGUCCAGGAAUCCAGAAAGUUCCCGUCCGGUCCCCAGACCCAGCCGAGAAAAAGUGGCAGGCCCCCGAGAUGAGCGAUCCCUCCGCAAGUCAGAUAAAAAUCAGGCAUCGACUGACUCCGGAAUACAGUCCAGGGUCUGUGCCAUUUAUCUGGUACAGUACCUUCGUUGAACCUGGAACCGAGCGGACGGGAUCGGG